CCUAAUUCUUAACGAGUCCUAAGAACUCACCAACCCCCAACACACACGCACAUCCCCCUUCCCUUCUUCCUCCUCUUUUCUCACCAAAAAAAAAAACAAUCUUUUCUAUAUAAAUGCAUUCAAUUUAUCCUCCUCAACAGCCCCAUCUCAUUCUUAUUAUUUUUAAUAAUAAUAAUUAUUAUAUCAAAAUGUUUCAUAUAAAGAGCUUGUUGUAAGUAUACAAAAUACAUUACAUUACAACAAAAAUAAAAAGGCUUAUUCUUUUAUCCCCUUAAUUCAAGAUUCUUUUUUUCCCCAAUGGAAGCUAUUGGAUUUACCAAUAAAAUUCAACCGCAUUCUUCAUCUUUUUCAAAUACCCAUUUUGGAUUAAUCAAAUUUAGGAAAACCCAUUCAAGAUUUGAGCCAAAAAUCCCCAAAAAAUGGAAAAGUUUGAGUCUUUUUGGUGGAGAAAGAGAAAAAAGAUUAUUGAAAGAGGAAGUAUUUUUGAAGAGGGAUUUUAGUGUGAAGUGUAGAGCAGAGGGGAUUGAAAGGGGGUUAAUGGUAGGUGGUGGAAGAAGUGAAGAAAGAAGGGAGUUGAUGGUGGUGGCUGAGAGAUUUAAAGUAGUGGCAUUAAUGGCCUGUGUUAUGUGUUUGUGUAAUGCUGAUAGAGUUGUUAUGUCUGUUGCUAUUGUUCCUUUAGCUGCUAAACAUGGUUGGAGUAAUGCCUUUUUGGGUAUUGUUCAGUCAUCUUUUCUCUGGGGUUACAUCUUCUCCUCAGUGAUUGGAGGAGCAUUAGUCGACAAAUAUGGAGGAAAGAAAGUGAUUGCUUGGGGUGCAGCUCUUUGGUCUCUGUCCACUCUCCUUACUCCAUGGGCAGCAAAUCACUCCACAAUAAGUCUCUUGGCCAUUCGUGCUUUCUUUGGUCUUGCUGAAGGAGUAGCUUUGCCUUCCAUGAACACUCUUUUGUCCAGGUGGUUUCCAUGCCAUGAACGGGCAACUGCUGUUGGAAUAUCCAUGGGUGGUUUCCAUCUUGGAAAUGUUGUGGGUUUGGUGCUAACCCCAUUAUUUAUGACCUCAAUUGGAAUUUCUGGUCCGUUCAUCCUUUUCUCAUCUCUCGGGCUUCUCUGGCUUACAUCAUGGAUUAGCCAGGUGACCAAUGAUCCAAAAGAAAGCAAUUCUAUCACAAAAGCAGAGUUGAGGUUAAUCCAAGCAGGAAAAUCAGAUUCUCCUACUUUACAAAAAGGAGAACUUCCACCACUGCGACUGCUGUUGUCAAAAAUGCCCACUUGGGCUAUUAUCUUUGCUAACGUCACUAAUAACUGGGGAUAUUUUGUUCUUCUCUCCUGGAUGCCUGUUUAUUUCAAAACGGUUUUUAAUGUGAAUCUGAAGCAAGCAGCUUGGUUCAGCGCAGUGCCUUGGGGCACAAUGGCAAUCUCGGGCUAUGUUGCUGGAGCUGCAUCAGAUUUCCUAAUCAAAGCAGGGUACUCAUUGACCUUUGUCAGGAAAGUCAUGCAGUCUAUCGGUUUCAUUGGACCCGGGCUGGCUUUGCUCUGCUUGAAUUUUGCCAAAACACCUGAGGUUGCAUCAGUGCUGAUAACUUUAUCCCUGAGUUUCAGUGCUUUCAGCCAAGCUGGUUUUCUACUUAAUAUGCAAGAUAUUGCACCUCAGUAUGCAGGAUUUCUACAUGGGAUUUCUAAUUCAGCAGGAACAUUAGCAGCUAUAAUCAGCACAAUUGGAACAGGGUUCUUUGUACAGUGGCUAGGAUCCUUCCAAGCAUUCUUAACUCUCACUGCUUGUCUCUACUUUGUCACAGCCAUCUUUUGGAAUAUUUAUGCCACUGGAGAAAGAGUUUUUUAGACUACAAUAUAUGGUCUAAUAUAUUCUCCAUCAUUGCUUAUAAAUUCACAUGAGAUAGUAGGAAGGACCACAACGGACAUCCUUUUACAAAUAUUCCAUUUUUUCUUUUCACUCAAUCUUAGGGAUGUGAGUGAGCAAUAUGUUUAUUUAUUUUUUAUGGGUAGUUAACUGUUUUAUCUUUUCAGUAACAAAGGAAAAGAAAAGCAUACUUGUUAUUUUAACCCUUGUAAGCAUUUAAUCAUUUAUUAGAAGCAUAGACUACUUAGGUGAAGAAAAUUUCUGGUAGCA